GUCUCCCUCCGCUCUCCAGCCGCGAUGGAAGAUCACCAAAGCCCGCACACCUCUGGAUCUAAUAACGGGUCUCGGAGCAUCCAAAUUAUCCUUCAAAGUCAAACGGAGUGUCGAGAAAUCAGUGUUAAAGGAGACAGCAACGUGAGACAGUUAAGAGCAGGACUUGCAAAGGGCGCGCGAGCCCCGCUGGAUGGAGUGGUGCUGAGUCACGGCGCGCGCGUCCUCGGAGACUCGGAGCUCCUCGGCUCACUUCGGGGAAAGGACGACGCCGUCAAACUCACCGUGAACCAGAGAUGUGCUGAGACCUCCUCUGUUUCCACUGAUGAAGAUGUGUCCUCUCCGACUGCUGCACUUCACCUGGAUGCUGAGGGAGAAGCACAGACUCCCACCUCUCCUCUGUUUCUGGUGGAGGCUCUGGACUCUCUGGGCCUCUCUCACACUGGUCCAGACCUCUUCCCUUUGCUCCAGGCCCAGAUGGAGAGGCAGCUGUUCUCCUCCCCAGAGAUCCUGCACCAUGUCCUGGGUAGUGCCUUUGUCCAGGACAGUCUCUCUGGUGCCAGUCCAGACCUCAUACACGCUCUGAUCUUGUCCAAUCCACAAAUACAACAACUCCUAAAGACAAACCCUGAGCUGGAGCAGGAGGUCAGCAACCCAGAGAUCAUCGCACAGGUGCUGGAAAUGGUCAGAAACCCAGAAAUGAUCAAGGAAGUGCUACAGAGUGAAGAGACUGAGGCGGGACACUGCAGAAAGAGACGGAGGCAGAGACAGAGGCAGAGGGCAAAGCCCAUAAACCAGCAUUUUACUUUUCCUCCAAGAACCAACAGCAUAAAACCAGACAGAGUCCAGCCGUCAGAGACCUGUGCAGAUGGACUCUCAAAGUUAACUGCCACAUCCAAAUCUGAAAUUAGUUCUCAGAGCACCAUGAGUACAGGCCUGCAGUUCCUCCUGGAGCAGGUCUCCUCCUCUGAACUGAUGGAGUCUCUUCUCUCUGGACCUUAUGUGAAGAACCUGCUGCAGUGUCUCAGCCACAACCCAGAGCUGGCAGCACAGAUGCUGCUGAGUCACCCUCUGCUGUCAGAAAACCCACAGCUCCAGCAGCAAUUCCAACAGCAGCUUCCUCUGUUACUACAACAGAUGCAGAGUCCUGAGCUGCUGUCGGCCAUGUUGAAUCCCAAAGCUGUGGAGGCCCUGGUUCAAAUCCAACAGGGUCUGCAGACUCUGGCCUCUGAGGCUCCCGCUCUCAUCCCUGUGGCUGGGUUUGGAAGCAAUUCAACUUUUGAACCUGAAUCUGUCCUUAAUAAAUCCAGAAAUGGUCCUGUGGUUUCUACGUCAACAGAGCAGCAGCAACAGUUUGUGCAACAGAUGCUACAGGCUUUAGCUAACUCCGACCAUAAGGUAAACAGUAAAAGGGGAGGUUUACAUAUUUUUUUGCAGGAUUUGGACCAACUGAGCUCAUGAGGCUUUGAAGACAGAUAGGACACCCUCAGGAGGAAGCUGUGUGUAACUGCAUUAACAUGAACAUUUACACAGCUUUGACUUCACUCAUAACCUCAUAUUUAUAUAAUAAUAAUAUCACAUAUGCUAGCUAUUGUAGUGACCUGCAGUAGUAUAUUAAAGGGCCCAUAUUAUACUAUUUUCUGAUCUAUGUUAUAAUGUUGUUGCCUCUUCACAAAAAUACCUGAAGUUGUGGUUUUGUUUCAUUCACACAACACACAAUUGCUUAUAUAUUUAUCCUAUGUUCUACACUCAAA